AUGGAAUAUUUAGUAUUUUGGAGAAGACUAAGAGGAGGAGACAAAGAAGUGUACGAUGAGGGGGCAGUGAAGAAAAAUGGUGAGAGUGUCCUGUCUCUUUUGCACGCUCUGGAGAUAAUUACUGUGUGGGUAAAUGUAAUUAAUGUCGAAUUGAAUAGAUUCUCGGAUAUAAGUAUUUCUGCUGUUUGCUUAGGCAUCAAACCAACCUUCAAAUUUCCAUGUCUACACGAGACAUUCUCGGAGAGUUUCAAAUCUUCCCGGAAAUUUCCAACUUCACUAAUCCCAGUUGAACCUGCUACUAGUUUCAGCUUCAAUGUGGCUGAAGAUCGUUGUUGUAGUGAUUGA